AACCUCUACAAUAAAACCCAAAACCGAGAGACGCUCGCCGACAGAGAGCUACUCAAAGUCUCAAACUACACAACCACCGUCUGUUCGCUCGCCACUCCUCACCACCUGCCGUUGUCGCCGCCCCUAAUCUCCGAUCACCCGCCGCCACCGUGGCCAUGUCCGCCUGCUCCGCCGCCAACCUCCCUCUUCACGCUCCCGAAAGUGAAUCAUAUCCAUACCAUGAGACAGAAGUCUCCGGGUCCACGAAGGAAAGAGGGUUGCGUGGCAAAUUGAAUAAGGUUGUCCUGGCCUAUAGUGGUGGCCUAGACACAUCAGUCAUUGUUCCAUGGUUAAGGGAGAACUAUGGUUGUGAUGUUGUUUGCUUCACAGCCGAUGUUGGUCAAGGUAUAAAAGAAUUGGAUGGUCUGGAAAAGAAGGCGAAGGCCAGUGGGGCUUCUCAGUUAGUAGUGCAGGAUCUAAAGGAAGAGUUUGUAAAGGACUACAUAUUCCCUUGCUUGCGGGCUGGUGCAAUAUAUGAGAGGAAAUACUUGCUGGGGACUUCAAUGGCCCGCCCUCUUAUUGCUAAGGCCAUGGUUGAUGUUGCGAAAGAAGUUGGAGCUGAUGCCGUAGCUCAUGGAUGCACCGGGAAAGGAAAUGAUCAGGUUCGCUUUGAGCUGACGUUUUUCGCUCUCAAUCCCAAACUAAAUGUUGUGGCUCCUUGGAGGGAGUGGGAUAUUACAGGCAGAGAAGAUGCUAUUGAAUACGCUAAGAAACAUAAUGUGCCUGUCCCAGUGACAAAGAAAUCCAUAUACAGCAGAGACGGCAAUUUAUGGCACCUUAGUCAUGAGGGUGACAUUUUGGAGGACCCGGAGAAUGAGCCUAAGAAGGAUAUGUUCAUGUUAACAGUCGAUCCAGAAGAUGCACCAAAUGAACCUGAGUAUCUAGAAAUCGGAAUUGUUUCAGGAAUUCCGGUUUCAGUCAAUGGGAAAGAACUUUCACCGGCCUCUCUACUUGAUCAUCUAAAUCAGAUUGGUGGAAAACACGGAAUUGGCCGUGUGGACAUGGUUGAAAACCGGCUAGUUGGCAUGAAGAGCCGUGGAGUCUAUGAAACUCCCGGAGGCACCAUCCUCUUUGCUGCUGCACGAGAGCUUGAGUCUUUAACACUGGACCGAGAAACAAUGCAAGUUAAAGACUCGUUAGCUCUCAAAUACGCGGAGCUGGUGUACGCAGGCAGGUGGUUUGACCCACUUCGGGAGUCAUUGGAUUCGUUCAUGGAGAAAAUCUCUAAAACAACCACCGGAUCAGUAACUCUGAAGCUGUACAAGGGUUCGGUUACUGUGACGAGCCGGAAGAGCCCAUACAGCCUGUACAGGCAGGACAUCUCGUCGUUCGAGAGCGGGGAUAUAUAUGAUCAAGCUGAUGCUGCUGGGUUCAUUAGGCUGUAUGGCCUUCCCAUUAGGGUUCGAGCAAUGCUCGACGCUUGAAGGGCGAGUCUUCAAUGGCUAUGUUAGUUUUUGUUUGUAAUGUUAUGUUAGCCAGUUGUUUUAGACAAGAAUUUAAUUGUGGUUCAACUUCGAAUUGUUUGUUUUAAUAAACAGAAAACGAGUAAUCAUAUAAAGGCUUUAAUA